CCCCCUGCCAAAAAUCAGUCUCUUAGAAACCCCAAAGAUCUGUACGGCCCUCUUCUAGACGCACCGGCGCUGGACAGUGUGGGCUGCCCCGAACGCCUUACGUGGCUGGAAGGAACAGAAGCGUCGCUGAGCUGUGUGGCCCAGGGGGUCCCGCCGCCCCACGUGAGCUGCGUGCGCCCCGGGGAGGUGGCCAGGGUCGAGGGGCCCCUGCGGGUCGCCCGGGAGCACGCGGGCACCUACCGCUGCCAGGCCACCAACGCCCGAGGCGCAGCAGCCAAGAACGUGGUUGUCACCGUGGAAUAUGGCCCUCGUUUUGAGGAGCUGAGCUGCCCCAGCAACUGGACCUGGGUGGAAGGAUCUGGAAAGCUGUUUUCCUGUGAGGUGGACGGGAAGCCGGAGCCAAGCGUGGAGUGCGUGGGACCCGAGGGUGCCCGGGACGGGGUGGCGCUGCCGCUGGCCUCCUCCAACCCCGAACCCCGGAACCCCGGGAGCCCCAGCGACCCGACGCCCGGCGUCUACCUCUGCAACGCCACCAACCGGCACGGCUCCGCCAUCAAAACCGUCGUCGUGAGCGCGGAGUGUGAGCGGGGCCCAGAUGGGCGAGGGAGUCCCUGGCUGUGGAUCGCUGUGGGGGGCGCGGCCGGGGGCGCGGUGCUGCUGGCGGCGGGGGCCGGCCUGGCCUUCUACGUGCAGUCCACGGCCUGCAAGAAAGGCGAAUACAACGUGCAGGAGGCCGAGAGCUCGGGCGAGGCCGUGUGUCUCAAUGGCGCAGGCGCAGGUGCCGGGGGCGCAGGCGCAGACGGGGGCGCCGAGCAGGGGGGCGCGGCCGAGUCCCCCGAGGGAGGCGAGGUCUUCUCCAUCCAGCUGACGUCGGCCUGA